GGAGAAGGAGGAGGAGGUGCUGCCAGAAGAAGUAGGAGAAGAAGGAAGAGGAGGAGGAGAGUCCCCAAACUUUUGGGCGAGGCGCUUCCUUGGGGCUCCCUCUCUGGACGGCCCCGUCCCCCAUCCAGGAUGAGCAGCAACCAGUUCAACAAGGGACCCAGUUAUGGCUUGUCGGCCGAAGUCAAGAACCGGCUCGCCCAAAAAUAUGACCCCCAGAAAGAAGCUGAGUUGCGGAUUUGGAUAGAAAACAUCACCGGCCGGGAGAUCGGACCCGACUUCCAGAAAGGGCUGAAAGAUGGGGUCCUUCUUUGCGAGCUAAUGAACAAACUUCAUCCUGGAUCAAUACGGAAGAUCAAUCGCUCUGCCCUGAAUUGGCACCAGCUGGAAAACCUCUCCAACUUCAUCAAGGCUACAAUCAGCUAUGGACUGAAGCCGGUUGACUUGUUUGAGGCCAACGAUUUGUAUGAAAAUGGGAACAUGACCCAGGUCCAAGUGUCACUCCUGGCCCUGGCGGGAAUGGCCAAGACGAAAGGGAUGGAGAGCGGGGUGGACAUCGGGGUCAAAUACUCGGAGCGGCAAGAGCGGAGCUUUGACGAUGCCAAGCUCAAGGCCGGCCACUGCGUCAUCGGCCUCCAGAUGGGGACCAACAAGUGCGCCAGCCAGUCGGGUAUGACAGCCUACGGCACGCGGCGCCACCUCUACGACCCCAAGAACCAGAUCCUGGCCCCCAUGGACCACUCCACUAUCAGCCUCCAGAUGGGCACCAACAAGUGCGCCAGCCAGGUGGGCAUGACAGCUCCUGGCACCCGGCGGCACAUUUACGACGCCAAGCUGGGCACCGAGAAGUGCGACGACAGCUCCAUGUCACUGCAGAUGGGCUCCAACCUGGGCGCCAACCAGAGCGGGCAGGUCUUUGGCUUGGGACGCCAGAUCUACGACCCCAAAUACUGCCCUCAAAGUGGGCCCCCUGGCGAGGCCGCCAACGCCGCGCGGCACGAAGACGGCGGGUAUUACUACUAUCCAGAAGACGAAGACGCGGAACAGUGAACUUGAACCCGGGGCUGGGGGUUCAUCCGGUCACAAGCUGAUCACCCCAAAUUCACACACACAAAAUGGGAUACAUUACGCCCAUUGGAGUGUGUUUGGAGCCAGAGAGAGGGAAGAAAAAAACUGUUUUUCAAAAAGCCCCCCCAAAGGUCAUCUAGUCUGACCUCAGUGGGACCCUCCAUUAAAAUAUCCCUAAUAUAAUCAGAUUGCUCAAUGUGACCCUCAAUUAAAAUAUUCCUAAUAAAAUAAAAUACCCCUUGGGUAUGGGAGGGGACGCUAAAGGUAAUCUAGUCUGACCUGAAUAAGGCCCUCUAUUAAAAUAUCCCUAAUAAAAUCAAAUAGCCCAACGCGACCCUCGAUUAAAGUAUUCAUAAUAGAGUUCACAUGAAAUAUAACUCAUUGAAAUUGGAAGGGACACUAAAAGUCAUCUAGUCUGACCUCAAUGGGACCCUCCGUUAAAAUAUCCCUAAUAUAAUCAGAUUGCCCAACGUGAUCCUUGAUCAAAGCAUUACUAAUAAACAUAAAAUAAAAUAACCCAUAGGUAUGGGAGGGGACACUAAAGGUCAUCUACUCUGACCUGAAUGAGACCCUCUAUUAAAAUAUCCCUAAUAUAAUGAGAUAGCCCAAUGUACAUUACUAAUAGAGUUCCAAUAAGAUAGCUUAUUGAAAUUGGAGGGAAUCCCAAAGGUCAUCUAGUCUGACUUCAGCAGGUCCCUCUAUUAAAAUAUUCCUAAUGUACCGUAACAUAAUCCAGUAUCCCAAAUGGGACUCUUCAUUGAAGUUUUUCUAAAAUGAUUCAAAUGCAUUGUUUUUGCCCCAAAGGAAAUAAAACCAUAGACAUUGGAGGGGACCCUAAAGGUCAUCUAGUCUAACCUCAGCAUUGGAAUAUCCCUGAUAUUUUUCCAGCUCUCCCUCUAUUUAAAUCAAAUGAUAUUCCCAUCCCACGGAGGCUCCGGAACUUCUCAAGGGACCAAGAAAUCCUUUUAUAUAUAAUGCGUGCCUUUUUAUAUAAUACUAAAGCCGAGGAACAUACUGAUUUAUUUUUUUCCAGCUCUUGAGGGACCAAUAUUUUUUAUCAAGAGGUGCCUGUUUUUUAGUACUUAUAUAUAUAUAUAUAUAUAUACUGGAGGAAAGGGAUUUUUUAAUUAUUAUUAUAUGGAAUGUUUAAAUAUAGGAUUGCUUGUUCAAAGGAUGGAGACAGAGGUCCCGGUGCCGGGUUAUCACUUCAGGAAUGUGUAGUGUUCCUGUCUGGUUGCUUGGUUCGAGAAAAGGUAAAAUCCCAGGUUCAAAUCCCCUAUUUGGCCUUGGAAGCAAAGAAGCCAAAGGGGGUUGCUCUUCACUGCAAAACUGGAUGCCAAAGUGGCCUUUGCCGGGAGCCGGGAAUCCCCACAAUGUGAACCAUGUCAUGUGUGAUUAUAGGCAAUAAACAGAGAAACAAAACAAA